GCACCGCGCGUUAUUCCGAGCAGCCUCAGAAUUACAGAACCCGGAGUGCGCGUGUGUGUGUGUGUGUGUGUGUUGUGUCCUUAAAUCUUGCUCCCGUCGUCGGUUCAAACUUCACCCGGCCGUUGUGAGUCGGUACUCGGUGUCGCAGCAUGUUCAGUCCCCGCUCCGCCGCGGGCUCGGGCCGCCGGCAGCAGCAGCAGAGCCGUGCCGCCGCCCGAAAGAGCGUCUCCGGAGCCGCGAACAGUUUGCUCUUCUCCCCGAGGAGGACGCCUCUGUCGGCGAGGUCAACGCCGACCCGAGUGCAGAACCUCGCUUCUGCAGAAUCCGUCCACUACGACGUCCAGACUUUUGGCUCAUCGCUGCCCGUCAAAGUGAUGGAAGCUCUGACUAUGGCUGAUGCCGAUGACCAGAUCUCGGUGAAGGUGGACGAGAGCGGCUGGGCCUGGAUGGUCUGUGGAGAGAGGCUGAUCAUCUGGAAGAUCUGCCAGACUGCGGUAGCCAAGCUGUCUGUGUGUAAAGAGCUCCAGCUGCCCGUCAGCGAGUACAGCCACACCGCUGACCUCGUGGCCGUCACGGCCGCCACCGCUGCCUCUCUUGAGACGGCCAGCGCUCAGUCCGUCUCCGUCGUGGCGGUGACCACAGAGGGAACCGCUCGCUACUGGCCCAGCCUGGCUCACGAGGGCAAAUACACGGAGACAGACGUGGACCUGGGAGACCUCUGCAACUUUGUCGUCGCUGUCAGAGGCGGAAGCUUCGUCCUGUCCUCGGUGAGGAAUCGCCUGCUGAGGGCGAGUGCCGACUCUUCAGGGAAGCUUCAGUGGCGAGCGCUGCUGCAGGGUCAGGGCGUGCUGUCCGGGAUCGGACGCCGCGUGUCCAGUCUGUUCGGGAUCCUGUCCCCGCCGGCCAACGACACGCUCCAUGCCGUGCUAUGGGAGGGUGGAGCCAGCUGCCUGUACACACUGACCAGCUCCAGUCUGAGUAAAUGGGAGAUGGACGACAGCUGGGAGCACCAGCUGCUCAGCUGGGACGCUCGCCGCGCUCUGACCGACAGCAUCGCUGACGCCAUCUGGGGGUCAGAGAGCAACUACGAGGAGAUGAAGGAGGGAGCCAACGUGGUGUACCUGGACAUGAAGCUCAGCCAAGCUGGUGUGGUGGUCCUGGCUGCAGCGUGGCAUCCGUCAGACUAUCCUUGUGUGUCUUACUUCUGUCUGGUGACUCUUCAGGACAGUGGAGCAUCCAUCUCUGACCACUUCACUGUGGAGGUCACCAAAUACAACCCUCCAUUCCAGAGUGAGGACACCCUGCAGACCACGAGGCUGCUGCUGCCGCAGUCGCCCGGCUCCACCUUCAUCUACACCCACGAGCUGGUGUUCGCCUGCUCCACGGGGACCAGCAGGGCGGCGCCACCUGACGAGAAAAUCCUCUUUAAUUACCCCGGUGAUAGUGUGUGUGGAGGAGGAUGCUGUUCUGGUCUGCCGGUCUUCUUCUCUCAGAACAGUGGUCUGGUGGCGGUGGUGGCUCGUGAGGGCGUGUCCCUCCUGCCAGAGACCAUGGAGGAAUCUCUGUGCUCGUCACUGGCAGCAGCUCCAGAGGUUUCAGUCAUGGAGACUCCGACCAGAGCCGAGCACGUCGCUCAGGAGGACAAAGCCAAACUCUUGAAAGCAGCUUUUCUCCAGUUCUGUCGGAACGACCUGGUGGGAGCUCAGAUGCUCACAGACGAGCUCUUCCCCGCCGACGAUGAUGGAGAAGAAGGGGCGGAGCUGGACAGCGUGGUGGUUCAGAUCAACCUGGACCUGGUGGACGAUUACCCGGCGUCAGACCCCCGCUGGGCGGAGUCUGUCCCUGAUGAGGGCGUCGGCUUUCCUCUCACGUCGCUCAUCAUCCUCCACCAACUGGAAGACAAGAUGAAGGCACACGGCUGCUUCAUGGACUUCCUGCUCCAGGUGGGUUUGCUGGAGCGGCUCGGUCAGGUCUCGGUGAGGUCGUCUCCCAUGGCGACCCGUCUGCUGCUGUGCGAACAUGCUGAGAAGCUGCAGGCGGCCAUGGUGCUGAAGAACCACCACGCCAAACACGCCGAGCUGGUCAACCGAGCCAUCGCCGCCGCGCUGCACAGGAACAACGCCGCUGUACCACCGAGUCUCACCGCCGCUGACGUCUUCUUUAGAGAGGUAUCUCAGGUCUCGUCUGUGUUUGACUGCCUGCUGGAGGAAGAGGAUCGGAGCCUGAAGGAGAACCCGAUGGACUCGGUGCAGUGGGCCGAGGUCGUCCUCGCCGUCAACACCAUGGUCCAGGACAUGCUUCAGGCGGCAGGUCAGUACAGAGAGACGAAGGCCUGCAUGUACAGAGCUCCUGAGAAUGCUGCAGCUGAGCCCGAGUACGUCCCGUGGACAGCCUCGGGGGGAGUGGGCGGAGUCCGCUCCGUCAUCUCUCGCCAGCACGAGAUCAUCCUGCGCUCCGUGUACCCGCACGCCGACUCUGCGCUGCGCGGCGCCCUGUGCGAGCAGCUGGUGGCGCUGUUGGACAUCUACCUGGGGGGCUAUGUGGCCCAGCUGACCUCCCUGCAGCAGCAGCGGCCCCCGGUGGCACAACAAGAGCGCUACAACAGCCUGGAGCUGGAGUACGGUCAGCGGCGCUCCGAGCUGCUGCAGCCGCUGCUGGAGCUGGGUCAGUACCAGUGGGUGGCAGCACUGGCUGAGAAGUACUGCGACUUUGACAUCCUGGUGCAGAUGUGUGAGCAGACCGACAACCAGAGCCGCCUGCAGCACUACAUGGCCAAGUUCGCAGACCAGAACUUUGCCGACUUCCUGUUUCGUUGGUACAUGGAGAAGGGGAAGAGGGGGAAGCUGCUGUCUCAGCCGGCCGCGCAGCAUCAGCAGCUGGCUAGCUUCCUGCAGGCUCACCAGCACCUGAGCUGGCUGCACCACAUCCACGUCCACGACUUCCACAGUGCUCACAGGACGCUCUACAGCCAGGCCAACGCUGAGGCGCGUUACUUUGUGAAGAAGAAGACGCUGCUGGCGCUCAGCAAACUGACGGCGCUGGCAUCCGAGCUGCCCGAGGAGCAGCUCAACAAACACGUGGACGGUAAAACAUGUUUCAGUAAUAACACAAAGUUGUUUAUUUAUUUUUAAA